UGCCCCGCGUGAGCCGCGCGCCCGCAACGACACUGUAAAUGACCUACCCGACAGGUGCCCGAAUGAGUGUAAUAUAAAGUGUCAGUGAAGUGUUGAAGUGCAAGUGAUGUUUAGUAUGAGGUGAUAGAACAAUAAAUGAGUAAUAAUGUAUCGACCGAAUUUUUAUGAAAGUACGUGCUUUCGUUGCAACGAGAUUGUGUAUCAGGUGGAUAGGGUCGGUCCGUUGAAGGAUUUCACCUUUUUCCAUAGUGGCUGCUUCAAAUGUGCCGUCUGCGGGACCAAGUUGACUUUGAAGACAUACUACAAUAACCAGCACUGGACAGAAGACAAAGAAGUUUACUGUUCCAGUCAUGUGCCUAAGAUUGGGCCUGGACAUCUGGACAACUCCUCUGUGGGCAUACGCAGUGCACUGAAUGUGCCCAAAAGUAACAAUUAUGUCAACGAACAGAUUCGAGGACACGCCAGAAAUAGCCACGAUAAUGAAUUCCUGUCAGCAGUAUCCCCAACUCGCACCACAAACGGCGGCAGUGCGCAUGCGUCGCCUGCGCGAGAAUUGUCCCGCGACACUCCAGAUUACCAAUAUGGCCGGUUCGACGCAAGCGCACUCCACAUUGCACAUGCGCUCAAACAGACAGAACUGCAGAAAGCGUAUCAUAGACCCAGGGAGAAGCCCAUCGAUUGUUACUUGGAUCGUGAUGAACAGACUAAACUAGAAAUGAAACAUCGACAAGAAGAAGACGACCUGUACAGAAAAUUCUCCAAACAUCGAGAGGAAGAGAACAGAAGAAUACGAGACGAAAUACAGGAUGAAUGGGAACGUGAACUAGAGAGACUAACGAGCAGAUUCCAACAAGAGAUGCAAGUAAAGAAGAGAAGGCCGGACUCCGAGAUAGGAGCCCUCACGUUACGUCACAGCAGGAGAGAGCCGACUUAGAGAAGAAUAUGACGCUAAGAAGGGACAAGAAGAAAGAGAGCUUGACGCGGAAGAUGUUGGAACAUGAGAGAGCGGCAACAGCGGCUCUAGUAGAGAAACAAAGUCACGAGAUGAUGGAGCUGAUCCAGGAGCGUCGGUCGGAGUACAUGGCGGCAUCAUCCCUGUUCGUGGAUGGUGAAGAGGCACCGCCCUACCCUGCCCGCGCCCCACCGCCUCAACCCCCGCUCGUCUCCAAGUUCCAUAUCUACACAGACCCCGCCGAAUUCGCUGAUGUUGAUAAGAUUGCUAUUUCGGUGGCACAAGAAGACCAAAAAACCUUUACGGAUCUAGUCCGACAGCUAGUAGGCUACCAGCCAGGAGUGCGCUUCGAAGACAACAGAUUCCGUAACUCUUGGAACGCGGUAUUCGUGGCUGGAGCGUGGCGCUUUGUACAGUGUAAUUGGGGAGCCAGGCAUCUGGUCAACGCUAAGGAUGCGCCGAAGCCGGGCAAUAGAGGGAAGAGUGAUAGCUUAAGAUACGAAUACGAUGACCAUUACUUCUUGACGGACCCUCGGGAGUUCAUCUACGAGUUCUUCCCGCUGCAGCCUGACUGGCAGCUGCUGAAGACGCCCAUCACUCUGCAUGACUUUGAGGAACUGCCCUUCGUCAGGUCGCUGUUCUUCAGAUAUGGAUUGUACUUCAGUGAUCCUAAUACGAAGGCUGUCAUGUUUACUGAUUCGACUGCCAUGCCAGCACACAUGCAGAGCUCGCUCAUCUUCCACUACAACCUCAAGUUCUACGAUACGGAGGGAGACGGCUUCGAUGGCGUCAGUCUCAAGAGAUUCGUCAUGCAGUCGGUGGUCGGCAACGUGGUAUCAUUCCGUGUGCACGCGCCUUGCAGCGGUGCAUUCCUGCUGGACAUAUUCGCGAACGCCGUCACACCCAGGGAAUACCUUACCGGAGAACCCAUGAAGUUCAAGAGCGUUUGCAAAUUCAAGGAAGCGUUAGUGUUCGCGGGUCGUGAGCUUGAGAUCCAGUUCCGCAUGUCGCGCCCCCUGGCGGACUUCAUGGCGACUCUGCACAAGAACGGAGUGGACGAGAAGAGGCUCUCAAAGUACGUCCAGCAAAACGUAUCCGAUGACAUCGUCUCCUUCUAUAUCACAUUCCCGGAAGAAGCAGAGUAA